AUGACUACCUUCAGCCGCUCGACCGGAAAGAGACUGCCUAUCAGCUGUCAGGCAUGCCGAACAAGGAAAAUCCGCUGCUCUCGUGAUGGCCGUCCAUGCCAGACGUGUGUUCGGCGAGGCUUGGGGGCAGAAGACUGUAUUUAUCUAGGCCAGCCUAGACUCUCUUCCCAACAAGCCUUAACGGCUGCUCCGCCCGAGCAGAACGAGUUGCUCGCACGAAUCAGUAACCUCGAGGAGCUUCACAUUCAGUCAAGCGAUGGUAUCUCACCCCAGAGAUCGCCCAGCGGGACUGAAAGUGGAGCCGAGUUCGAGCCUGCGUUUGAUGUUAGAUCCCGAGAUCUCAGAUCCCGAUGGCCCAACAGCGCCGGCACCCUCCAGACAUACAAUGCCGGAUACGUUCGCUAUCUGCCGUGGGUGGCCAGUCCUCCCAUCUCCAGGGGCCAGUCAGCACCCAAUAUCGAAACCGAGAUCCCGGACGACGGCGACGAUCUGCAACUCCCAUUCGUCAAAACUUGUGUUUCAAGGGAUGAGCUGUUAGCGAUACUUCCCCCGCGCCGAUAUUGCGAUGCGCUCAAGGACAUCUACCUACGAGUCUUCUCACCUCUCUUCCACAUUCUCCACGACCUCACGUUUGAGACCGAGUACCAACAAUUCUGUCACGACGCCAACAGCGUGACAACCGCAUGGCUCGCGCUUCUGUUUGCCAUUCUCUCUAUUGCUGUCACUGCGCUCGAAGACGAUGAGCUUUUGCUCUCUGACAUAGGGCGAGAGAAGACGGUUAGUCGGAACAUCAAGGCAUUGAGUGCCCGCUAUCGGUCGGCCUCACUGCGAUGCCUGGCAGCAGAUAAUGUCCUUUCUCGACAUUCAAUAAACUCCCUCCAAUCUCUCAUACUCGUCAACUAUGCCCGGGUUCACCGUGGUCUUCCCAUCUGGACCCUGCUAGGGUUUACGCAUCAUGUAGCCAUCUCUAUGGGCUGCCACGUUGACCCCAGCCGGUUCGAUCUCGGGCUCAUCGAGCAGGAGGAACGCAGGCGUGCCUGGAUCGGGCUCACCUCGAUAUUUACCGUUCAAAACACCGUGUUCGGCUGCUUGCAUAGCGGGCUUACAGCACAUGACGUGAAACUGCCCCUAGACAUCAACGAUGUCGACUUGCUAACCGGGUCAUUCUCGGGACAACCGACACGUCCGACGCACAUGACCUAUCUACUGCUGGAAUUCCAUCUCAACAGAGUCUUAUCCAUGAUAUGCGAUACCCUAUUCAGCCCCUCUCCGAGGCUCGACACGUACCAACUGGAGGCUCAAAUCCUAUCCAUCCGUGAGAUGUGCGACCACCGCUACCAACCCAACUCCAGCCUAGAACCAAUACUGCCAGCGCACCAGGCCAACCUCAACAUUCUCUACAGUUACAUCCACCAGCUAUUCCUUCUCCUUCUGCGACCCAGCCUUUGCGCCUACCUACAAGGCGAGUUCACCCCAGAGACCUAUGCAUCGCGGACCAAAUGCGUCUCCUCCGCCCGGGCAUCGUUAGCCAUCUACCGAACGCUGCAUGAGUCGUCCUCGUACGCCUCCUACAAAUGGUACAACAGCUACCUCGGCAGUUUCCACGCCUUCCACGCGGCCGUGGUCCUGUCCGUGACCUUGAUGUCCCCGGAGACCCAAUUCGAGUAUGACGAAUCGAAAGUUCUGCUUUGGGACGCCCUGGAGACAUUCGCCGCACUCUCCAACCGCAGCAAUUUCUGCAGCAAGGCCGUGCCGGUCCUUCGUCAGAUCAUUGAAAUGGCCUGCACUCAUGGACAACAAGCGCUGGCGUCGCUGGUCGGUCUGGACCCCCACGCCGCCGGCCUCAUGAGCCCUCCCGGCGAUUUCGUGCCGUUCCCUCCGAUGCAGUCUAUCCCGGCGCCGCUUCUCGCGCAAUUGCAGCCGCAGAACUGGAUCAGUCCGGCUUCGGUCCCAUGGGAAGGAUGGGCUGGUUCCCUCUGAGUGAAGGAAGGAAGGUGAAUGAAUGGCCGGAGUAUUCUCAUAUAUUUCGCACCGAAGGGAAAACAAAGGAGAUCUUAUGGACGUCUCAUUAUGUACCUGGCUAGUCAGUGAGAUCUUACAAUCCAAAAGAAUCAGCGGA